AUGGUGGCGUUGGCGGUGGAGGACUACAUGAACCUUUGGCUAUACUGGGCGGUGCAGACGCUGGGCUUCCAGUCCCGCUUGGGUGGCAAGCACCAGUUGCUGAGGGACGACAGCGCCCGCCGCUUCUUCGGCCUCGCUUGUUUCGCGCAGGCGAAGGCUUCGCGGCAUCUGGCGCGGAGCGGGUGUGCUUUCCUGGAGCAGCACAGCGACGAGGUGCCGAACUUGGAGUGGAAGUCGGAGCUCAAGUCGUCGGCGGUCGGUCACACGGGCGAGGAGGUGCACCCCGCCGAGAAGCUCGAUAGAGAGCGCCUGAUGAUCGCCCUGCCGCCCAAGCACGCAGACGGGUCGGUGCUGGCCUCGGAGGCGAGCGGCGGCUGGAUCCGAGGUGUGCUGGAAAACCCCGAGUGGGUCCUCAGGAACCCUGAUGAGCUGGGCGAGAUGCCGAAGACCCUCCUCGUCUGGGAGGAGGGCGCCGUGUGGGAGCUCAUCGCCGCCGAGCUGGUGGACCGCAGGAUCUUGGGGCCCAUCGAGGAGGAGUGCAUCGUGCAGGUGAGAGGGCGUCGCGUGCUGGGCGGCUUCUUCAGAGUCCGCAGGUCGGGGCACAGCAUGGGCCUGGGUCCGCAGCGCCUCGUGAUGACCAUCAUCCCUAGCAACUGGUUGCAGGAGGCCAUCGAGGGCGACGAACUGGGGUGGUGCUUCUACGUGUACCCCCUGCCCGAGGUCUGGCACAAGUACAUGGCGCUGUCCAAGUUUGUUAGCCGUGAUGUGCUGGGCUUGGCUAUGGCUGGCAGGGUAUUCGCGGCGGCGGCGGCGAUCCCCAUGGGCUGGAUCUCGGAGACGGAGCUCAGCCAGCACAUCCGCAGGAGGCUCGUGCGUGAGUGGGUCGCAGGUGCCGAGCUGCUGCCGGUGGAGCAGGGCAGGCAGAAGUACGGCUACGCCCCUUCCAAGUGGGCGAACCCCUUCAAGGUGUACAUCGACAACCUCGACCUCCUGGAGAUCGCCGACGAAGUGGCGCUGACAGCCCGUCAGAGCGCAGGGCCCCCCGAGGUCGUGCACUUGGCCAGGGCACAGCGCGGCGUCCGCGGAGUUCCUCGCAGCGAGGGCAAGUCCGUGAGCCGCGUUUUGAAGAGCCAGGCCUUGGGCGAGUUCGUGGAUGGCGAGCUGGGCACGUUCGCCCCCCCCCCCCAAAAAAAAAAGGAUUUCACUUACACUCUGGCGUGCCCCAGCCUCUACACGCUGGACCGCGAGAAGGUGACGCAGAGGUGGUUGCUAGGGCUGGCAGGCCGCUGGGUGCGAGCCAUGGUGUUCCGACGUGAGGCGACGUCCGCCAUCGAUUAUUUGUGGCGGGUCGUGGCGCGCUGGAGAGGUGAGCGGCGCCUGCCUGGCUGCGUCUUCAGGGAGAUUGUGAUCACGCUGGGCCUCUUACCACUCAUGAGGAGGGGACCGCGUGCAGAGCUGCGCGACUCCUUCAUCAUGGGGUCGCGGCCGCGCGAGCAGCUCGGGCUAGGUGAGAUCAGGCGAGCUCUUGACAUGAUGGGCUUGAGCGUCUCGGUGCACGCCGCAGUCGAGACCGAUGCGGAGGCGAGCCGCGAGGUGCGGCGCGCGUGGCCUGAUGUGAGGGAGCUCGGCGACGUGCAGCUGCUGGUGGGGAAGGAGGUGCAGCUGUUCAACCUGAUCGAGAAUGCGUCUUCCAUGGAGGCCACGGACAGGCAAGCUAUGUCGCAGGCGCUGGGGCUGCAGCCGGUGGUCAUCGAUGUGGCCGACAUCUCGCCCGCUCGGCGAGAGAGGCUGUACUGGUGGGGCUGGGAUCCGCUGAGUCAAUGGCAGGGCGUCGCUGACGAGCUGCAGGAGGUUGAGGGACGCGCGCUGGGUCCAGGCCCAAGGGUCUGUCUGCAUCAGUGCUCGCAGGGGGAGUUGGCGCGGUGGCGCACUCACGAGUACUGCUAUGCCCCGCACCAGCUCCGAGCUGCUCCUUGCUUGCGCUGGAAUGACGGCGACCUGGUGCCGGCGGAUCCUUUCGAGCAGGAGAUGCUGAUGGAUUGCCCCCAUGGUCGCACGGCGACGGCCAUGGCAACUCGGUUCCGCAAGUCUUGCGAGCUGGAGGUGGUCCGUUGCGGCUUACUAGGCGACUCCUUGCAGUGUGCAGCGGUGGCUUGGAUCUUAGGGCACUGGGCGCACUGCCAGAAGAACCUCGACGACGUCCCGAGCGUUGUGCAGCUGCGGCAGCAGGGUGGCGGCUUCGACGCGUCCGAGGGCGUGGUGAGGAUGGCGGCAAUCUAUGACGAGGGUGUGCUGGUUGGCCACAAGGUUCGUUGUGGCCGCGAAGCCCAGCAGGACAUAUGCGCGCAGAUGGUCGAGGAGAUGGUCAGACGCGCUGAAGUUCGAGGUCCAGGCGUUCGACUGCAUUCGCUGGAGGCGAUGCGCCCCGACAUGUGGCCUCGGGGGCCUAUCAGCGUGGCGCGCUCGCUGAGCGUGGGAGACGGUUCUGGUGUGGCGCUGGAGAAG